AACACACACCAAAAAACUCAUUCUCUCUCUCUAGAAAAAAAAAACAAAAAACUAAACUGUGUUUCUUCAUUCGAUUAACUUCUCAAAUUUCUCUUAAUUUUUCUACUAUUUUACUAUAAAAAACCCAACUUUUUGAAUUCUACAAUGUGUGAUCUUUCUAUUUUGAUCAGUUUUGUGGAUUGAAUUUUGGGUGUUUUUUUUUUUUUUGGGGAAAAAAAUGCUGGAAGCUAUGGAGAGUUCAGUGCAUGGAAAUGGGUUUGCUCAGUUACAGAGCUGUGGGGAUAGCAGUGAAGAGGAGUUAUCUGUGCUUCCAAGGCAUACUAAAGUUAUUGUGACGGGGAAUAAUAGGACUAAGUCUGUAUUAGUUGGACUUCAGGGAGUUGUUAAGAAGGCUGUUGGGCUUGGUGGUUGGCAUUGGCUGGUUCUUACGAAUGGCAUAGAGGUGAAACUGCAGAGGAAUGCUUUAAGUGUGAUUGAAGCUCCUACUGGAAAUGAAGAUGAUGAUGACCUUGAAUUUGAAAAUGUUCAGUGGAAUGGUUCAGAUAUGGCAUCCGAUGAUACUCAAAAGUCUCAUAGGUCAAGACAUCGCGCUCUUAAACCAUACGGGUCAUCUCACAAGGCCAUGAGCCGCUCCCUUUCAUGUGACUCACAGUCGAAAGGAUCUAUUCCUACACAUCGUGGGUCCAUGAAGGUUGACCUUAGCAAACUCGAGAUGGCUGCACUGUGGAGAUAUUGGCGACACUUUAACCUUAGGGAAGCUAUACCUAACCCUUCAAAGGAGCAACUAAUUGAUGUUGUUCAAAGGCACUUCACAUCCCAGCAAUUGGACGAGUUGCAGGUAAUUGUGGGAUUCGUUCAAGCAGCUAAGAGACUGAAGACGGUCUGCAAAUGACUCGGGGCAACCCCGUUUUAGCAUGCUCCUAACUCUCUCUAACAAAUAGUGGUACCUUUAGUGUCCACUCACUAUUGCAGUAAAAUGUGUAGUAUAUGUAUACUCCUCCUGUUUAUCCUUCUAUGUCUUUUGCUUAGUCCUAGCUAGUUAUUGUUAUGUAGAUAAAGAAGAUAAAACGAAAUGCUGAACUAAUUCUGGUUGGAAUUGGAUGUACUUCUUCACAUGUAUAGUCUAAUGUGUGAAAUGUUAAAAUCAUCAUUCAACCAACUCAA